CUCCAUUACAAGCGCCAAACCACACCACCGCCGUUUAAGCCUUCCAAUUUCCAUCACCGUCUCUCUCCCCUCUCUUUCUCUCAGAAGGAAGCCGGAACAAAAACAUAUGUCGAACUUACAUCCGUCGCUCAAUUACAUGAAAGCCGCUCCGUUCGAGGUGCCCGCCACCUCUUCCGCCGCUGCUAACAAUGACCGGAAUGUUCCAUCAGUCGAACAGCUUGUACUUGACCUCUGCAACCCCGAUCUCCGCGAAAACGCUCUUCUCGAACUCUCCAAGAAGAGGGAGCUGUUUCAGGAUUUGGCUCCGUUGCUGUGGAACUCCUUUGGUACACUUGCUGCUCUUCUACAGGAAAUAGUUUCUAUUUACCCAGUGUUAUCUCCACCAACUCUAACUCCUGGGCAGUCAAACAGGGUUUGCAAUGCACUCGCCCUUCUUCAGUGUGUGGCCUCACAUCCAGAUACAAGAAUGGUGUUCCUCAAAGCUCACAUUCCUCUGUACCUGUAUCCUUUUCUUAAUACCACCAGCAAAACUCGCCCUUUUGAGUACUUGAGGCUUACAAGUCUAGGAGUCAUUGGUGCUCUGGUGAAGGUUGAUGACACUGACGUUAUCAGUUUCCUUCUGUAUACUGAAAUAAUUCCCUUGUGCUUGCGGACAAUGGAGAUGGGAAGUGAACUAUCAAAAACAGUAGCAACAUUUAUUGUGCAGAAAAUUUUACUUGAUGACGUGGGAUUGGAAUACAUAUGCGCUACAGCAGAGCGAUUCUUUGCUGUAGCUGGGAUUCUGUCAAACAUGAUUAUUGCACUUGCUGAACAGCCUUCUGCUCGGCUGUUAAAGCACAUCAUCAGGUGCUUUCUUCGUUUGUCUGAAAAUCUAAGAGCUUGUGAAGCACUCAAGAAUUGUAUGCCUGAAAUGCUCAAAGAUGGAACAUUUAGCAACUGCCUUCUUGAAGAUGUAACUACGAGAAGGUGGUUACAACAAUUGCUUCAUAAUGUGCUAGGGCCUCGGGUAGCCAUUCAAGCAGGAGGCAGCUCUUGCUUUGCCUCAUACUACAGUACAACCGAUUUUUGCUAUAAUAAUACCGGAGAAGUGUCGCUUUGACUAGGAAGUUCGGGUUUAAUCUUCGGAGAUAUCGUCGACCCGUCGUCUUUUGAUAUUGUUAGUAAUGAUAUAUAUCUAGAAGACAAAUAUUGUACCAGAUAUAUAGGGAAUGUUGUCUUGUUGUUUUCCUGAAAUCAUCGUUAUAAUAUAAUAGAAACCUCCAUUUGGUAUCA